GGCCAUCUACACCAAACCUUCAACCUUUUGGUCGUCAUUUGAGUUGCUGCCUUCGUUCCCCAGACUUUUGAACAUGAGUACGACUUGAUACCCUCUAGUUGGCGUUGGAUUGUUUCUUUGGCGCCGAUAUGCUUUUUUCGGUCGCUUCCUAGAAUUGCCUGAUCCUCUUUCGCUGUUUCGGUGGCCUGGACGGAUAUCAUGAUCAUGCUGGAAUCCGGCCGUCCGUUCGAGGGUCUUCCCCCUAGGCCGCCGACUCCGCCAAAAGACUCGGGAAAAUUAACAAAGCAAAGGACUUUAGGCGAUUCACCAGUCAAGUCUGCAGACUUGCUGGUUCAUCCCAUUGCUGCAGAUACCCCGCCCAAUAAUUCUCCCUCCUCCUCCUCCGCCGAAUCGGCCACACCUGGGAAGAAAACGAAGCGAGUCGGCUUCUCUCCCUGGACAGAUUAUCACCAAGCUCCGUCUUUUACUGGUCAAAGUUUCAGGCGUGAAACUCCAUUGCGGCCACUGCCGCCAUCUCGAGAACGCAAAUCGAUCAAGUCCAUUCUUAAACCCUACGACCGCCCUUUACCUCAAACAUCUGUCACUGGUGCAGUCGAGGAUGACGGCAAAUCUCCUGUGGUGCAGAGUCAAGACCAGUUCUCGGACAUGUUGGAGUCGGUCGUACAACAACUAGCCGGCGAAGAUAGAAACUCGAGACUGGAUUCGUAUAUCGCCUUAUCUGGCGCUUUAAAGGCGUACGAUGCGGUGCCCGAAAUUAAGACAAUCAAGGGGAAAAUGGGGCUACUGGAACAAUUCAUCCGCAGGGACCUCACUGCUCAAUCGCCCCACGACUCCGGAACGUUAGAUACUACUCUGGUGACCCAGGCAUUAAAACUUGUUAUUACCUUUAUCUGGACACCAUUACUUUGCGAGAUGCUGACGGAAGAGUUCUGCUUAUUUCUCAUCGAUCACGCAAUUAGCAUCGUACAAGAGGCUCAACAACCCAAAGCUGUCAUCAAUCAUUAUAUGCACCUUCUCAGCCAACAAAAAUUCUCGGCAAGAAUCAUGACAACCGAUCGUGUCACUCGUCUUCUUGCGGCUCUGAGAGACAUUGAUCAGCGGGUCAAGGGAAAUGCCAUUGUGUGCGAACGACUCAUGGUCUAUGAACGCUUAUUUAAUCAAAGCAAAUCGGUUGUCGUUUCGAGAGUUACCGAUUGGAUGGACCAUAUUUUUGUCGGUAUGCUGAGCAGCAUCAAGGAAAUACGUACACGAGCAAUUUCGUUUGGUCUUCAGACAUCUAUGAUCUUGGGCACUCUACCAUCUAUAUCUCGAGUCGUCAAGGCGACGCUGGAUCAGCAAACCGAAAGGGGACGCUUCUUUGAAUAUUUUGUCGAACGGCUGGAGGCAAUGCUCGCUAGCAAAGACGACGGACCACAUGUAGCACAAGUCUGGAGUGUCGUCGUUCUAUAUCUCCGAAGCCGCCAAUAUCAGCUUGAACACUGGGACCAUUUCAGAGCUUGGCUUCACAUCAUCCAGAAAUGUUUCAAUUCUAAUGACCUCCUGACCAAAUUUCAAGCGAAUCUGGCAUGGAAUCGGCUCGUUUACGCCAUCAAUCCCGACACCUCCACAGCACAACCCAUGAUCAAAAUGCUCAGACAGCCAAUCAUAGCACAAUUGGACCGUAAGAGCCACGAUAAAUACGCCGGCAGAACGAAGCAAGGCGCCUUCUCGAGCUACUGCAAUCUUCUUUAUUACUCCUUUAGACCACUGUCGCCUUUCGAACAGCUCGACUUGUACUGGGAAGAGUACGUAGCCCAAAUAUUUGGAAAACUUCUUCUUCGAGAACAACAGGAAAGCAGCCAGUGUUAUCGAAUUCUCGCUGCGAUGCUCGAAGCUUCUCCUGCUCCAAUUUGGAACCCAGAAAGGGCAAAUAUGCUGGAACCUGUGAGACCAGAGGAAUUACCCCGCCUCGAUGCUAAGUGGGUUCGUGCCAGAGUGCCUGCAAUUAUUCGAAUCAUGGAGAUGAUCCUCAAAGGCGACUCAUGGGCAACGUCGAUUGAAGGUGACUGUUGGAGUAAGAAGAUCUGGCGAGGCUUUUUCAGGGUCAUUGGGGAAGCCGGAAGCAAAGAAGUCAAAGUCUCUCCUGAACUUGUGAAAGCUUUGGCGCAGGUUUUUAAUCUUCUUCAGAAGCUGUGGAUUACGGGCCCCCAAGCGCUCGGGUGCAACGGCCAGCCGAGCGACGUUUUCAUUGAAAGAUAUGCCUUUCUGGUCAACACAGUCAUGGAUCAUGUUGGAUCCAUUGUCUUCACCGAGAAGAUUCUCAUGAGAAUUGCUCAAGAUAAAUUUGAAGCGGCGCUGACCCCAUCUCGCCGAUUAUCGAGAGAUUCAGAUCCUCAGUCUCCUAUAAUUCACCUGCUCUCGCUUUUUUCCAAGCCCCAACUUGCCAUCGAACCAUCUGAAACGUAUUUUGGCAUGCUUCGAGACCUGCUCGAACGAUGCCGAACUUCUCGAAGUUCCCGGAUGUUACGGCUUAGCUUCCUGAGGGAAUGUGCACAAUUGCUACAUGGAAAUUGGAGUUCAUCCUACGAUUCCAGGAAAGCCUUGCAACUAUGGAGUACCGUCGCUACAUUAGCUCGGGCCACCAUCGAGCAGAGCAAUUCCGGUUCUGUAACGGAUACUCCUCAGCCCGUCGGCCAGGAAUAUCGCGAAAUCACCAAGAUUCUUGAAGUCGGAUGCGGUCUGAGGGACCAGGAAUGCUUUUCAGAUUGGGAGGCCUUGUUCAUCGCUUUUGCGGCUGUUGUUAAAAAGGAAGCAGGUGAUGCAGCGGCCAUUAUAUCUAUUACUGAGCCCUUGGCCCAUGUCAUCAGUACCCGAGCCUUUGAGGCAGAAAACUCCGAAAUACUCCUUCUAUGUGGCUCUCUGAUUUUGAGCUCUAGUCUCAAGCCGGUUGAUUGGUCGUCUAUGGAGAGGAGCAAGAGGACACUCUGGGGUUUCUCUCCGGCACCUAAGAAAAUAAAUGAACUUGAUUCGUUCAAUCACUUGUACGAGAUGAUCAAUUCUCUAUUUUCAAGCUGCUACGAGAAUCUGGAGAAGAUCGAGCUUCACGGCGUUGCCAAGCUAAUUUCAGCCACUACGGAAUUCAUUCGUCAUCGGCCACUAACCUGGACGGGCAUACUUCUCAAACGCAUUCAAAAUGGAGUGGCUUUGUUUAUUGAGGAUAGCAAACAGUUACUGCAUAGUCAAGAUCAAGUUUCUAACCAAGUGUUUCAGCUUUGGUUGAAAAUUGCAGCUUCUAUUCGUAGUCUUCAAGGCACUGAUAGUUCUUUGCUUCGCGCCCUCGACGUGCUUCUGGCAGCGGGCUUACAAAGUCGACGCAAGCGUAUUAUGAGUGUGGCGGUGGACCUGUGGAAUGAGACAUUUGGACUCGAGGACACCAUCUGCUAUCCACCCUUGGUAUUAAAAGCAUUGCAACAAUGCCGAGUGGUUGCAGACCUUCGGCUGCCUUCCUUCCCAGAUGAUGUUGAGGAUUUGCCUUCACGUAUUCCGGUCUUCUCAGAAUCCCAGGAUGAUGUUGGCGGCUUCUCAUCUGAUGUCGAUCCAUUCCGGUCGUCGCCAAUAAGGCCGUCACCAACGCAACGUCGGAUUGCCAGCAGAAAAAGUCAACGUCUUUCUUUGAGAUCUCCUCGGGUACCUUCGAGCCCAACCAAGGAACCUCCAAGUGUACAGACGAGAUCACGGACAUUAUCAAAGGGCGGAAAUAGCGAGACUCCAGCUUCCAAGCGUCGUCUUCGUCACGACGAUUCCCAAGUCGAUUUUACGCCAGUCGAAUCAUCCCCGGUGCCGACCAAAUCAACGGAUUCACAACUCUUGACAAGUCGACAACGAGAAGUCCGUGAGCGACAAGCCGCGGAAACGGCAAUGUUUCCCGAUUUCCGAUCUGGUUCACCUGCACCAGGGUCACAGAAGAAAAAGAAUGGCGGUCGACGCCUUUCACUCAGCUCGCAAUUUUCGACAUCCAAUCAACAUCCUUUGCAGGCAGAUGAUGGACAAAUGACACCAACAUUGCCCCCUCCCUCGGACAGUGUUGCCAACGAUUUUCUUGCAUCGUCUCCUACCCCUAGACGCAGUGAACCUGAACAGCAGCAAACAAAUAAAGACGAGGCUGUGCAUUUUGAUUACUCGACACUAAACUUUGACUCAGAUGACGAAGAGCUCAGUGAACCGCCGUCUUCUCCUCCGCCCAUGGAUGAUGACGAGUUUGGAAUCAAUGAGGAAUCAGAAGACAUUGCGGAUGUUAGUGACGAUGAAACACAUCUAUCCCUGGCAAGAGAUGACGAUGAAAGAAUUGGAGGUUUGGAAACUGAGGACGAUAUUAUGAAUGACGAUUUUCUGUUGGCACAACAAAUUUCUUUUGAAAGCGGUAGUGCGACCUUGGGCCCCUCGAAGAAAUCUGAAGAACCUGAGGAUGACGUCGAUCAUCAAAGCGAUUCAGUUGAAAGCAAACAUGACAACUCGGCGAACGACACCUCAAAUGGUGAUCUUUUAUCGGGAAGCGAUUCUUUCUGGCGCCAAGUGUCCUCCAAUGGUUCCGCUGAAUCAAUUGAAGCGAACGAUCUGAAAGACAAAAAUGAAGCCAGUUCACCGUCCAGCCCGCGGGGUGAGCAAAACAACAAUGACGACGUUUUUGUAGACGCUCCUCAAUCUCCAAUUCACCAUUUGGAUGAUGAUGCAAAUGACGCGUCUGCACUCCGUCACACUGGCGCAAAGGGGAAUCCGCUUGUCGAGGAUGCCGAUGAGACGAUCGAGAGCAAUCCUCCCCCGACCAUCCUUGACGAUAUCAGUUUCGUGGAAAACUCAUUUUGCGAUUCUAAAGCGGAUCGGAGCAAAGGACCUGUGCUUCAGGAUGAGAUCCAAAUGCAGCUGUCCAACAAGGGACAAGAAGAAGCAUUCAAUAUGUCUCAACAGAGCAGUCAUAGGUCAUCUCGUCGGGGAAGGAAGCGAAAGCGCCGUUCCGCCGUGGCCAAUAGCGGUUCUCCUGAAAAACGCUCUCGAACGAACUCCUGCGACACUGCCGUUGUUGAAAAUAAGAAUCAGAAUUCUCGUCGGUCGGCUGUCGCAGAUGAAGAGCUCGACUGCAUCAUUGUUUCUUCCCAGCUUGCUGAGGAUACAACCUCAAAGGUUAAGCUUGAGCAGUCUCCUUUACCUGUUACGCAAGUCGAACUUGAAUCAGCGGCCCGAAAAGAGCUUAUUGAAGAUGAAAAGCCAAAUAGUCCAUCCACUCCAAAGCCAAGAAGGGGCCGAAAACGUCGUCGUACAGAUACUGUCGAGGCUGAGACUGUCGCUGACACUGGCAAAGAAGGCGUCAUGGAACCAAAAGUAAAGUCGAUAAAGAAACGAAAGUCGACUAGACUUAGUCAAGCUUCUCAAGGAUCUGCGACUGAAAAGGACGCAUCUUCGCCAGAUCACAAGGAGAAUCUUACUCAGGGUGAACAACAAUUCACGCUCUCGGUCCUACGCUCUGGCAAAGGACGGACCAGGGUUCUCGAUAGGGUCGAGGUGGAGCAUCGCAGGUCGAGAGCAGGCAAGAGUCCUUUGUUCAUCGCCGAUGAUGAACCAUUCGACAAAGAUGGGACGUCGAUCACCAAGACGAAUAACGCCACAUCCAACACUGGUAAAGAUCCGGCGCCUCAAGCAGCAACUGAGGGUGAUGAUGACAAGCAAGGUCAGGUGGAAGCAGAAAAUGCGGCGCCAAUGUCUUUCUCCACUAAAUCAGAUGUUGAGGAGCGCAGCGCAGACUUGGUCUCGCUCGAGGUUGCUCUGGCAGAAUCCGAAGCAGAUGAUGAUACGGACAAGACUGGUGGCCAGGACGGGUCUCAAGAAUCCGGGCAGACUAUCAUUGGGGGUCUUAAAAAGAUUCUCAAGGAUAUCCAACGCGCUGUUCUCGGUCCUCAAGAGGUGCGUCAAAUUGACGACGUUCUGUUCGAGGUACGGACCGAGGUUCACGAAGCUGCUCGCCGAAGUCGAGGUUCAUGAGAAUUUCGCGCGUGUAUAAAGUUUUUACCUUUUUUUUUUGGUUUUCUCUGUGGCAAUGGCAUAUUGUACAGAUGGUACAUGG